AUGACUACCCGCUACCGCGUUGAAUAUGCUCUCAAGGUAGGCAGUCAUCUCUGCUGCCAGUCCAUGCUAACUCCUGCAGUCUCACCGUCGAGACCAAUUAUUGAAUGGAUUAAAGGCCUCCUGGCCGUCCCCUUUGUGCUGCACUCGCAGCCCACCGCCGUCUACCAGGAACACAGUGAGAACCUGAUCGCCGUAGCGGCCGACACGCACCAGCGCUAUGCGGAGAUCUUCCGCGACGUGGAGAUGCUCAUCCGCGACCACAUAACCCACCAACAAGACGACGCCCCCGGUAAAUCCAAACUCAAACUCCUUGUCCCCACCGUAGGCACCUUCUUCACCCCCUUAUACCUCGUCGACGCCUUCCGCCGGCAAGACGCCCAACGCUUCAUCAGCCGACGACGCUUCGUGGCCCCUUCUUUCAACGACAUCCGGCUCAUUCUCAACUCGGCCCAACUCAUCGGUCUGGCCCGCACCACCGGCGUCGACCUCGUCACCUUCGAUGGAGACGUCACUCUGUACGACGACGGCGCAUGUCUCACGGACGACAACCCCGUGAUUCUACGCAUCAUGCGCCUCCUCCUGCAGGGACGGAAAGUCGGCAUCGUGACGGCAGCGGGCUACACCGACGCCGCGAAGUACUACGAGCGACUCAAGGGACUGCUCGAUGCGAUGUACGAGUCCGCAGAGAUGACGGAUGCUCAGCGCGCCGGGCUGGUCGUCAUGGGCGGAGAGAGUAAUUUCCUCUUCCGGUAUGAUCAUGCCUCGCCGUCGAGGUUGAGCUAUGUCCCUCGUGAGGAGUGGUUAUUGGAGGAGAUGAAGACGUGGCAGGAGGGGGAUAUCACGCGGCUGUUGGAUAUCGCCGAGUCAUCGUUGCGCGCGUGUGCGAGUAAUCUGAAUCUGCCGGUCGCGGUGCUGCGCAAGGAUCGCGCGGUCGGAGUGUAUCCCACGGAGAGAGGGAGGAUUAGUCGCGAGCAGCUGGAGGAGACGGUGUUGGUGGUGCAGAAUACGGUCGAGCGGUCGGAGGUGGGAGCCAGAUUGCCGUUUUGCGCCUUUAACGGUGGCAAUGAUGUCUUCGUGGACAUCGGCGACAAGUCGUGGGGUGUGCGCGCGUGUCAGCGCUACUUUGGAGGGAUUGAACCGGCGCGGACGCUGCAUGUCGGCGAUCAGUUUUUGUCGGCGGGAGCGAAUGAUUUCAAGGCGCGACUGGCAUCGACGACAGCGUGGAUUGCAAGUCCAGCCGAGACAGUGCAGCUACUGGACGAGCUGCAGGGGAUAUAA